AUGUUUAAUGAUCAAAAACAUCAAAACAGAAACUCAGAAAGUUAAGCUGUUAUAAAGGUGAAGACUGAAGAUCAAACGAAGUAAAAAUCCAAGAUCGUUGCGAUAUUAAAAAGCUAUGAAUCUCUAAAAGAAUGGUCAGAUUUAGGAUAGUGGUUACUUAAGUUACAAGCAAUUUUUAAAUCAUAUUAAGGCACCUAUAUCCCAAAGAAAAAAUUAUUAUGCAAAAGGUUAGCACAAUGUUUAAGUCCUAUUUGGAAUAAAGCUAUUCAUGAAAAUGCACUUACUCUUUAUGAUUUGAUAUUGCAAAUACUAUGUUCAGAUUCAGAGUAUGAUCUAAUAUAAGAUUUGCCAUUAUUUUCCCUUGGUCUAUUUCCAUUCUUUGGGUUUGCAUCCAUUUAAUGUAAGCCUAUGUUUUUAAGCAUUCUUGAAAAAUAUUACUAUCCCUUAAAGAGAGAAUUAUUACCAUGUAUGGGAGGCUUGAUAAAUUCCAUAAUUGUUGGUAUGGAGGAUACAAACGAGGAGAUGAUGAAAAAGGUAAUGUCUUCUCUUGAUUAAGCAUGUGAAAGCGUAGGAGUAAAACAAUUUUUUGGAUUACUUUGGAUAACAAUAAUUAGAUCAGUUAGAAGUAGGUUAGGAGCAUAUAAAUAUCUAAUGAAGAGAUGGACAAGAUAAUAAUAAAUUGAAUUAAAUGAAAAUGAAUUAAAAGAAGACGAUAAGAUGCCAAAUAAAAGUGCUUUGGUUAUUAAUGCUCUUUUGGCAUCUUUGGAUGAUGAAUCUUCACUAGUAAAAAGGGCAGCCUUAGAUUUUAUGACUUUGCAUUGCAAAAUUUAAGAUAAAGUCUUUUCAUAACAAGAACAAUUAAUACUGAUUGAAUAAGCCUUGCUUUUAUUUUAAAAAUAAGAUCAUGCAGUCAUAAGAAGAAUAAACAAUUGGUUAAUUGGAGAAGAAGAGCUCUCUGAAAACAAUCCCAAUAUCCUUUAUAUCUAGGAAGGAUUAAAAAGAAUAUUAAUUGAAGAAUAAGGGGAUCCCCUGAAAGUGCUAUAAAAUUGGUAUAUGCAACAUCCAGAAACUGUUCAAUUAACUCUAUUUUAAAUUGGAUAUUCUCUAGCUAAAUACAUUUAUCAUAAGACUGUCCAAUACAAAAAUGGGAAUUAAAAUGAAAAACUUGUAGAGUUAUUGAAAGGAGGGGAGAGACUUAUUGAGAGCAUAUCCAGUCAUAGUGAAUUAAUCAUAAAAUCCCUAUUUGAACAAUUAAAUAAACAUAUGAAAGAUUAAAAGCAAGAUUAGAUUAAGGAAUGUAUUCUAAUUUUUGACUUUUGUCUUAAUAAUUUAAUGAUAUAAUAAUUUUCAGAUUUAUCAAAAAUUGAAGAUCUAUAAUUGUUUUAAUAAAGAACUGAAUGUUUACAAGAAUUUAUUAUUAUAAUAAUAAAAGAGUUGAUGAAUUUGACUUGUGAAUAAGUGUUUGAAACUUCAAUAUCCUAAUUGUUAUUGGAAUAAACCGUGGAUUGCAUUAAUAAAAUAAGAAAGAGAUUAGAAAUUUUAGAAAAUGAUAAAGAGUUAUAGGCAGUUUUGGGAAGCAAUUACAAUAAAUAGGUAGAACCAUCCAAAAAUUCAAUAUUAGUGCAAUUAAAUCAAAUUGACAUUGAUAUCAUCUCUUAGUAUUGCAAUUAUUACAUUUAAAUUAAUGAAUACUCAAUUAACAAUGAAUAAGAAACAUUAUUUCCAAUUUUAUCCCUAAUUUUAUUGAGAUCAUAAUUAUAUUUAAUGAAACAAGGAAAUUAUUAAUACUAAGAAAUACCUAGUUGGAUUAAAUAACUCUUUAAAUCUUUGGAUUAAGGAACAAAUAAAAUAAAUUUAUAUUCCAUUUAAAUUUUAAUAGAACUACUUAAGUCAGCUUCACUUCAUUAAAAUAUACAAUCACUAACUGAUAUGAUAACUAAACACAGCUAUUAAGAUUUAGAACCGUUUCCAAAUAUUUUAUCCCUAUGUAUGGAUUAAACAUAGAAUCAUCAUUAGAAUAAUAAUAAUUAACAUAAUUAUAUAAAGUAAAUCUUUGAAAAAUUGUGGAUACUUUUAGAUUAAAAUUAUCAUGAUUAAAUGAUUGUCGAAUUUCUUCUGUAUAUAACUGAAAAUUUUCAACAUGUUUUUGUUUAUGUGAUAGAAUCAUCUUUAAAAUAAGGGGAUUAAAGGAGAUUUUAGAUAUAUUGCAGAAUAACAAAUACUUAUUACAAAAGACAUCCAAAUAAAAAUACUGGAGUUGGAAUCAUUCAAAUGUUAAACUUUUUGGAACAUGAAAAUCCUUUGAUUAGAUAUAAUACAAAAACAUGGUUAUCUGAAUCGGCUCCUUUCUUUUUUAGAAUAUUGGAUCCUAUUAUGUUAAGAUUAAUCAAUUUUUAAAAAGAUAUUGAAAAAAAGAAUGAAUUUUCUCUUGAUUUAGCAGUUGAUUCAAUCAAGAAAUUACAAUCCUUAUAUUCGUCGAAAGAAUGGUUUUAACCAUAUAUUGAAAAAACUAGACCAACAUUUUAUGAAGAUGAAAAUAUCAAUACGUACUACAAAUUAAUAUGUUUGACUCUAAUUCAAUUUAUAGUGGCUGAUUUUUAAAAUAAUGAAUAUACAAAAAUCAAUGCAAUAAGUGCAGAGCUUUUAGAAAUUGUUAUUAAUAAUACAAUAAAUGAAAAGAGUAAGACCUAAAUUUUGAUCUAAUAUUUCAAUACCAUCUUAAACAAGUUUGAUUAAGUUAUAAAAAGUAAAGAUCAAGUAUUACAAUUACAACUGUUAAAUCUGGUUAAAGUUUUCUUGCUCCAUACAUAUGAGUUAUAAAAAGAUUUGUCAUCUGAAAAUAAAGUAAAACUGAUUGAUAUCUAUGAUUAACAACUCUUUUUUGAUAAUCUGGUAAAUGGAUUAAAAUUAGCUAAAGUUUACUAUCUCAAAUAAAGAUAUUUAAAUACUAUUGUUGUUGGUAUUUAUUCUAUCAGUUAUUUAUUGCCUCCGAAGAUAAUAAAUGAAAAAAUUAUAUUGAUACUUACAUCUUUGUUAGCAUUACUAAAAUUAUGCGAAUAUAAUAAUAGCCAAAUAGUCAAAUCAUUUAGACGUGUUUCAAAUGUGAAGAUAUUAAAGAAUCAGAAAUAAGAAUAAUAUAAUAAUAAUUUCUAAUAAGUUAAUAUAUAAUAAUUAAAUAAUGAGCAACCUUCAAUCAAAACUACAUUGUCCGGAGAUGAUUUUGAAGAAGUAAUGUCAUUAUCUAAUUCUAUAAGAGCAAUAAUUUGUUAUUUUUUCUAAUUCAAAUAUGAUUCUAAAGAAAUUGAUUAGAGACCAAAUGCAGCAGGUGUUUUAGUAGAUUUAUUUACACUAAAUCUUUUUUUCAAAAAAGCUGAUAAAACAUUAAAAUUAAAAAAAUAACAAGAGUAAUUAUAAUUUGAAAACUUCCCUGAUACUUGCUAGAUGCUCUUGAAAUAUUUUCCAUAAAUUAUAUAAUCCUAUUUGGAAUGUUGGAGAUGCUCAUUAAAAUGGGAUCAUCUUUUUACCAAAGGUUGUUUCAUUUAUGAAUAUGAUAAAUUCGAUUAAUUUAAUAAAUAACUCAAAGAUUAACUAUUUAAGCAAGAAGAAGAUUAUUCAGACGAAGACUAAAUUUAGUAAUCAAUUUUAUAAUUAUUGAAACCUUGUUCCACUCAUUUUACGACUACAUUAAUUUAAUCCUUUUUAUUAAUUUGGUAAAAUGAAUACUCAGUCAAUUUCUAUGCUGAUCCUAAGAUUAAUUUAAAUAUGUGUAAGCUAAUUGAAAUCGCAAUAACUCUACAAAUAUCCCCAGAUGAUUUUAUUGCUGCUUUCAUUAAUACACAAUAGGUUCAGGGAAUAAUUUAGUAUUACUAAAAAAAUAAAUAUAAAAAGGGACCAUAUCAAUUCAAUUAUGAUCAAGCAACUUUUGAGAAUGGAAUUUUAUUCUUUUUAUAUACUUAUUUUUCAUCAGUUUUAUUUUAAAAUCUCAAAAACAGAGAAUUGAUUAGAUUGUGGAAUGGUUUUCUAUAAUUUUCAAAAUCCCUCUUAUAAUCUAGACACAUUAAUACAAUAUGUUUUUUAUUGGAGAUCAUUCAUCUAAUGUCAUGGAAAUUCUCUCCAAAAGAUGUCUUGGAAGAAUUCAGAAAGGAGUUGCAUACACAAUUAAGAUAGAUUUUGGUAAUUUUGGCUGAAAUAGCCUCUAUGCAAUAUCAAUAUGUGACAUUUACAUCUUCUUCCCUUGAGAACUUUAGUUAAUCUUAAUUUGAUCAAAACUUAUAACUUAUUGUUCCUUUCACUCCGACUAUAUUUGAACUCUAUACUGAGUAUUAUCAAUUAAGAUAAAAAGAUGUUGAGAAAACAGAGGAAGGGUGGAAUGAAUGUUUUAUAUAAAGAAAUUUAUUUGAUCCAUAUCAAUAGAAAGGUUUGAAAUUAGAACAACAAGAUUUCUCUAAAAAAUGUUCAAUUAUUGCCUUAAAAACAUUAAAAAGAUUAUCAUAGGUGACUUUAAUAAACACUUAUGAAGUAUCAAGAGGUGAAAGAAUAGUUGAAAAUACUAAAGAAUUUAUGGCAUUAAUAUUCCCGUUAUUUGAAGAUAGAGAAAAUUAGAUUAUAGUGGAAUCAGCCUCAGAAUUACUGCAUUCUAUACUCAAACUUUCAAAAGACUAACUAUCCUAAAUAUUCUUAAAUGAUAUUUUAAAUAUUUUCAAUAAAUAAGAGUUUUUCAAGUGCACAGGAAGAUGCCUAAAAUUCUGGACUGAAAUCAUUGACAUAAUAUCAGACAAAACAGAUUUGUUAACAGAUCAAUUAGGAAAUAAUUCAAAGAUCCUUUAAGGAUUUACUGGGUUGUUUUAGAGCAAAUCAGCAGAGAUACUAAAGAAAACAAAAGGAUUCGAAAGAGUUUGCUUUAUAAUCUAUUCAGGAGGUGUAGAUAAAUACUAAUCCAAAUUGUCUAGUUUGUUAGAUGCAAUUUUAACAGUUAUUAAGGAUAUUAAUCAACAGCAUGAAGCAAUAACAAUAUUAAUUAUUUUUUGCAUUAGAAUCUUAGUUUUAAGAUUAAGUUAAUCUUCAUUAACUUAAGUCUUUCGCAAAAUAUGGCCUUAUUUAAUUAGUAUGUUAAUCUAAAUUUUUGAUAGAAAGGGAAAGUAAGCUAAUCCAUAUUUGUUGAUCUCAGGUUUAAAGCUUAUUGAACUUUUCUCAUUGUUUCAACUUGAAGAAUUCUAUUUUUAUGAAUGGAUAUUUGUAUUUGAUUAUUUCGGUAUAACAAUCAACUUUUAGUAAGUGGAAUAGUAAUAAUAAUAAUAAAAAGUAAAAAUUACAACUCCAUAUAAAUUUAUACCUUACAUGGCUUAUCAAUUUCCAAUCACAGCCAAUUACAAUGUUGAUUAUGAAAAUACAUUAUAUCCAGAUUAAUAUCAACAGAACUUAUUAAAGAAAAAGCGUUUAGUAAAGAUUAAAGAUGUCUAAGAAGUACAAGAGUUUGAAUCUAAAUUAAGAUAACAAGCAUUGUAUUUAUGCUAACAUUUAAUUGAUAUAAAUCAAUAAAGAGUGGAAGUCAGUCCAUAAUCCCUGGAGGAAAUUAUCGAAGCUGAAUUCAUAAGCUUAGAUGAUUACAUAGGCAGAAUUUAAUGA